UCUUCUUGGAAGACAUUGGUGAGACCACUCUCUCACUGCGCAUUCUGCUGGGUCCUGCUGUCGAAGAAUCAGAGCUUUCAGGCGUUAACUUGCAAUCCCUACACACCACAGGAGUGUUUAACAUGGUGUGAUUUGUUUAAGUAAAAAAUUUAAAAAAAUCCAAAGAACGGACCUCCAGACCUGUGGGUCGCAGCAAUGCUCCUUAUGGCGUGCUAGACUGCCUCUAUAUGAAAAAAAUAGGAGAAGAAGAAGAGGCUCUGAGCCCUGCUGCAGCACGAUCCCAACCAGAGUUCCCAACCCGCUUGGUGACGUUGAACUCCAAGACAACAGAGGAAGCAGGGGGGAAGGCGGACGGACAGAAUGGCGGCUGCACAGUGCCGUAGCUCAAAAUGCACGGCAGAAAGGAAAGGGUUCAGGCGGGAACUUGAUUCUUGGCGGCAUAAACUGAUCCACUGCGUUGGGGUUGAAAGCAUCCUGGAGGGAAUCUAUGGCCCCAUGCUGCUUAGAGACCUCAACAUAUUUGAUGACUGUGAACCCAAAGAGUCGGAUGACUGGUCAGUGGAAGCCAGCUGCUCUCACUGUUCGUUCUGCACCCUCCCCCUGGAUCAGCUCAGUGACCUUCCCCCCGCAGCCGCCUCCCCCCUCCACAGCCCGUCGGAUUACUCUCCCUGUCAGGCCCCCACCCUCUCAGAGAGCAGCCAAUCAGCUCAGCAGUUCCUCCAAGCUGUGUUCCACAAGAAAGAUGUGCCCCAUGGCUAUGAUUCCAACGUCCCAUUGGCGGCCCAGGAACUGAUGAAGAAGAUGAUCCACAAGUUUGCCAUUGAAUAUGCCUCCAAGAGCCACGUCCACAUGACGAUGAAUGGCCUCACCACUGACAACCUGUCACCUCAGCCCACACCCUGCGAUCUGGAUGCCCCCCUGGAUCUCACCGUCCCCCGGGAGAAAGAGGAGGACGGGGAACCUGGGCCAGAUGCGGUGCUGGACCUGUCUAAAAGAACCUCUGUCUGCUCAGCAGCGCCGGUCACAGCGGAUAACAAAUCCUCAGGCUUGCCGUUAAAAGAAGAACUGGGUGGUCCAGAGAAGCUGAUGACUGAAGGCGGCCAGAUCAAUGAGAACUCGGCAUUGGAGAAGGUUCUCAACUCACUCUGCCCGGCUCACCGUUCUUUGAUCAGCCAAAUCUUGAUGCUGGCACGCCAGGAACAACUGCUGUCCCUACCAAAUCCCAGGCUGGCCGGUCAGGAUGCAUCUAAAUGCUGCCACCACUCGUUGACCUCACAGAAUAAUCUGCCUCCGUGUUGCUUUCCAUUAAGUAACUCUAAAAGUCUCAGUGGCGCCCCACACUACCCUCUUGUUGACUGUGCUCAUCAAGGUUGCAGUAAGACCUUGUGCAGUCCAGCUGAAUCUAAGUUUAGUUGUACCCUCCGUUGCUGUCCGCUAAGUGAAAGUAAGGCUUCUCAGGGCCCGUGUUGUUGUAUAGAGAGCUCCUACCCUGUUUCCUGCCAUGAGAAUCUCCUCUGCACCUCCUGCCAGCACCUCACCGGACACCAGACAAAGAAUCAUUGUUCCUCCUCAUCGUCCCCCAGUCUAUAUCCCUCCUCUCAGGUAUGCCCUGCCUCUUCCAUUUGCUGUAACAGUCACUGCCCCGUCUCAUGUCUCUGCCAUUCAAGCCACACCUGCUUAGCUCAAACUAGGCAGACUAUGGAAAAAGAGGGUGAAGACGUGGAUCCCCCUUGUCCUGUGCUGAAGAGAGAACACAGCCCCUCCCCUCCUCCACUUUCUCCAAUCCCACCAGACAUCACCAGCAUAGCAGAGGAAAAACCUCCCCUUCUGCCUCUUUACUCUCACGAUGAGCACCUUCCACUCGUGGACAACCAACAUUUAGAUGCAAGGCUGCAGGAAGCACCUUCAGAUAUUGAAGAUGCAGCCGAGUUGUAUGGUGGUCAGACACAGAAGAAUUCAAACAGGAGCUUGCUUCGGGACGUUGUUGAUCGUUUCACAGAAAAACUGGAGACAAUCAGACCUCAGGAUAAAGACCCCCCACAGUUGAGUUCCUCUACGGAACACGGUAUUGAGAAAGAAGGGGCUCCCAGUUCCCCAUCCCCUCAGAGCAUCCCGUUUCACGCUGAUGCCCAUCUUAGUGAAAUAAUCACCACGGUGCUCCACACCGGUAGCGACAGUGACUAUAACCUGAGUGAGCUAUUUCAUCAGCAUGAUAACAAAGAGGCCAAGUCCCCAAAUACCCGGGCCCGUCGAAGGCAGGAGGUCCUUGCGUCUCUGACAUUGCCAGCCAACCUUGCGUCCAGCCGACGACACAGUUUAAAAAUAAAACGGGAGCUUGCCAUGCUCGACCCAUCCUAUUGCAGGAGAAAAGUGCCACAAGCCAAAAGAAAAUUAAAAGAUGGCAGUAAUUCUAGCUCCCCAGUAUCUAGUUCAUCCGACACCGCGCCUGUGAAGGAGGCUACAAGGGAAUCUGGAAUCCAGGAAAAUGAAAUGGUCCAGAUCAGUGGCAAAUUAAGUGUGGAGAGCGGGAAUUUUGGAGACAGCAGUAAGGAAAUAGGGAGAAUGACAGGAAAGACCAAGGAUAAAGUCACUGACUACACUAGGAAUGAUGGAUUAGAGAGUCCAGUGUUUGAACAGAGAAGGGUGGAAGUGAACACAAUCAAAGCUGAGGAAGACGGAUUUGAGGUGAAAGAAGAUAUACAAACGAUCAUAGUCAAAGAGGAAAUUGAGACCAUUGAAGUGGGACAAAAUGUGCCUGCCAUCGAGGAGAAGGCAAGUUUCCAACAAACCCUGAAACCCCCCUGUAAACUGCAGACGAAGCCCUGCAGAGUGGUUUCCGAAGGAAAUUACCAGAGCUGUGCCGAAAGGCAUACCAUAGUGGGCAACCAUUUAGAAAAUGAAGAAAACAUAGAGGAAUCGGAUAAAAGGCUGACUCGCAGCAGAGGGCUUGGAGGUCGACGAAAGACGAUUGCUCCUUAUCCGUCAAGCAAAUCCAGGGACGCUACAAGAUCCAAGAGGAACAUAGUACCUCCCCAGCGCUUCUCUUCCUAUGUCACAGAGCCGAGGAAGAUGUACUUUGUUGCUUGCUUCUCGGAGAACAUCUUCAAUCCAAGAACCUUAGUGGACAGUGUGGGGCAAUCUACUACUAGCAUCGACUCACAGAACCUAGAUCUUAUGGACCCCCUGCUUGACUCAGGAAAAACCCCAAGUCAAGCAGCACACUUGACUAAACCCACUGGAGCAGAGGACGACCUGACGCCCAAAGUACUAACGGGUUCCUCUAAUGCAGAUCAAAGUCAGGGAUUUUCAGUUUCUUCGCGUUCCACAAGGCUGAGUCCUUCCAAGUACAGUUCAAAAAAUAAAACGGACGUGAGAGACAGUGCAGCCAGACCUUAUGGUAGGUUACGUUCGUCUUCAACGAAACCACACGCUUUAGAGUCUGUAACUGUUUGUAGAACACCCACCCCCAAGUCCAGUCCAAGCUUUUCCGAUGUUGACAUUCCUCCUAAUCCGUCUGAACUCCCCUUUGAGUUUAGUAGCCCAAUUAAGAUCAUGUAUGUUUCUCCGGUUAUAAAUGAGGAAGGGGUUAAAUAUUGCUUGAAGUCCGCAGCCUCAAGUUCCGGUGGACAAGUAGUGCACAACUUUGACCCCUGUGAGCAGUCGUCAUGGGCAGGAACACCUGAAACGAGCAACGGUACAGAGCGUGCUAUCUUCCAGAUUGGUUCCAACUCCGCCCCUCUAAAGAAUGCUACCUCCUCUCCAAAAUCAGCCUCCCCAUCUCCUAAAAAGGUCUCAACUCCCCUCAAAUCUCCCUCAACCCCUCCAUUAUCAGGCUCCCCAACACUCAGAUCUGCUUCUUCACCGACAAAGGUGGUGUCUGUAUCCCCCAAAGGUUCCAGAAGAUCGGGAGAACUCACUCCAUUGAAGCGUGUAGCAAGAACAGAAAACCAGAGAUCCCCAGCAGAUCUGGGGAGUUCUCAUGAAAUAACCCCCACGCCAAAGAGGCGUCCUGGGCGACCAAAAAAGCUUGGUCCACGACUGGAACAAAAGGCCAAAAGGCCCAUUGGUCGUCCGCGGAAACAGACCACUACGGGUCCUAUACAGGAAGGAAAUGCAGACGUUGUUAAAGCUAUUGAAGGUGCCAACAUGGAGAAAGAAAACAAGAACCUGAAAAUAACGGUAGUUUAUGGGCGAUCCAGAAGAAACAAAAGGUUGGUCUCUGAGGGCCAAGGACAACAAGAGCUCUGUGAGACCGCACAAUCAGUGGAACGGAACAUUGAUUUUCGCAAUUUACUGCAUGGCACACAAGAACAUUCUGAUGUUGUCAAAGUAGCCUCCCCAGAAUGUCUAAAAGAACUGAACUUGGUAAGACCUGUGAAUGACGAGUCCGCCCCUCCUGCAAGUAGUAACAUCAAAUGUCAGAAGCUUCAAGGUGCCAUCUCAAUUAGAAAACCUGGAAGACCUGCAAAAGUUAAGAUAUCUGGGAUCUCCGUUACGGUUACCACAGUAUCCCCGAGGCAGCGCAAAAUUCAAAUGGACAAGGAUGUUAAGCGGUCUCAAGAAACACUUCAAAGAAGAAAAACACUCUUACCAGAGUUCAAUUAUAUCAAAGAGACGUGGAACAGUGACUUUCCUUCAAGGAAUGAAUGCAGGCACAAAGAGGGGAAGGGUGUGACAAAAGAUGAAGGUAAAGCAAAGCGGCUAGACCGGCCUGUAGCCGUACGUCAUUCAGUGAGGGUAAGGAAACCUUCAAUCUACUUGCUGCACUCUGUGGCCACCUCAUCCUCCAGGUCCUACAGCCAUAGCACAGCUCUAAUACGCAGUUCCAGAAAGCUUCUGUUGAACAAGGCCAUCAACCAAAGGAAACUAGAAAAGGCUCAGGACUGUUUAGAAAACCUAAAAGAUAACAGACAGUCGCUGGGACGGGAGAAAAAUCCAAUCCGUCAGGACUUGAGCCAGGUCGCAGCAGUAUCGGUUGACUCAAUUUUCCCUCCUCAAGAGACAAUGAAGUGGUGGGCAGCAUCAGCUGAGAAAAAGGAUUUGAACCAGGAAUUUGCCAGACGGAUACAACUAGUCUCAGACACCUGGGUGUCGGAUAUUGAGAACCAGCAGAAAUGUUCCUUAAAACCUAGAUCAGGACCACCCAGCAAGAGGUCCCGAUGUUCCUCUGUGGUGCGAGCGCUUUUUGACUGUCCUCCCAACAAACCAAGUUCAUGUAGCAUGCAGCAGCUCGGCUCCUGGUUCAUGCAAACCACAGAGACCAAACCUCUGGCCAUUGUCAAAAAGGCAAGUUCCCGAAAUCCAUAUGAAUUCAUGCAUUAUCCCCGUUCUACUAACAACAAUGAAGGUGUCUGCCCUAGUCCACAGGCAGAGCGACUUCGCAAACAUAUAAAAAAGUUUGCUAAAACUGUGCCAAAGAGUCCACUUGCGCACCGGCUGGCUCUGGAAAGGCUGAGGAAUGGAAACAAAACUUUAUCAGCAGGAAACAUCAAACGUCAACUUUUCACUUCUAGGUUUGCGCCGGGGCGGCUGAGCAGAACCGUUAGCAAGUAUGCAACCACUCUAUCGAGGGCAAAGGCCAGGUUCCUAACAUGCCUUCAAAGGAACGGGUUGCCCAAAAGGCAGGGAAAAGACUGGUGGCCAUCAGUAACUGCACAGAAAAAAAGAGAUAAAGCAUUAUCUAGAUUGUCACCUGCUCACCAGGCUUUGGACGGCUCGGAGAAAGGGUCAGCCGACCCUUUACCAAAAGUGGAUAGUCUCAGCUCGAAAGCCUGGAGCCCUGAGAAACUAAAGGAAUGCCGGGUUUUUCUGAAGAAGAUCAACUCGCCAGUCAGCGAGUCCACUGCAGAGGAAGAAUUGGACUCCUGCAAAGUGACACUGGAUGAUUGGUCCCCUUCUGCCUAUCGCUUUGCAGGCAGCGAGGGUGGUCUGGCAAGAGAGAAUGAAGCUGUGAAAACUGAUAGGAAGGCAAAAUUGAAAGCCGGGAGCAACUCUGACGAGUCUUCUAGUUCUGUAUCAAAGUCUCCACAGGAACAAGCCGAAGUGCAAAUUGGCCAGAAAGAGGAACAGAACGCUCCUGUGAUUGUAUCCACUGGAGCACCACAGCCGCCAUCUGUGAAGAUGUUAAGACAAUCACGGGUGAGGGGUCUGUCUGGACCGAGAUGGUCUGACUUUGUUCUAGAAAAUUAACUGAAGCUCGAAGCCUUUCCUUCGUGGGAGAGGCGGUGGUGAAUCCUGGUGCCUUUUGGACAUUCGGCCAAACCACAGAGACCGGCCAGCUCACUCCUGUCAUCUUACCCUCAGCAUUUAUGUAGCAGUCUAACUUAAAAACAUGAGGUUGCACUAUUUUUAGGGGGAGAAAUUUCUUUCUCCCUCAGCUCUUAUUAUUUCCGCCGCUUUGUAUGUACAAAAAACUAUAUUUUAUUUUUGAUUUCAACUCGGUCUCGUUUCUGAAGAUGUGUAGCACGUUAAAUGAACAAGUUGAAGAGCGGUUUGAAUCAGAUCCACAGAUCCAGUUGAGAUGGGGUUGUUAAAUGAAGGAAAGCGCUUGACCGCAUUAAGGCAGCACCAGGCCACCAAGCAUAACUUUCUGCUAGUGCUAGAAUGUAUUUUCUUCUUGAAUUUUCAAUUCUUUAAAUUCUUAACCUUUAAACCGAUAACCAGCUAUUGACAUUAGCUGCUUUUGUCCCAACUAGCGCCAUGAAGAUGGAUAAAAACAUGUACAUAUUGUGCCAUUAUUGAAUGUUCCCCAGAAAGUGCACAUGUUGGCCCUUAAUUAUUAUAGUUAUUAACUUCACGGAAGUCAUACGUUUUGAUUAAAAUGUUCUCCCAUGACGUUCUCCUAAGAAAGAUGCUCUUCUAUAUUUUGAUUAGUUUUAUUUUGCUUCACGUCAGCCAAUUUACUAAAAAACCUAAUGCCUGAUUGCAUGGGUGGUGGCCGGCGUGAGCAGCAGUCAAUAAGUACUUCACUGUAGAUAUUGUCUGCUAUUUAUUUCUUGAACAAAACAUCAAUGAGCAGUCUUGAGACCAAAUUUUGUUUUUCUUCCACUACAAUCAUUUCAAUUUUUUGUAUUAUCCUUUUACAGAUUUACAGAUUUGCAGAUCUCAGCCGCCAUUAACAUGGAACCCUGUUUUACCCCCAUUCUCCCUGUGAAAUACAUAGAGGUACAAACCAGUCCAUGUGGUAGAAUGUAUUCUCAUUGCUGUUUAUUGCCAUCCUAAAGCAUCAGUUAACUUAUUACUUAAAGCCUACCUGUUGCACUAUUGCAUCUGUUGAGAUUAUCACUCCCGUAGAUCCCACUAGAUCCAACCAAUCCUAUUUUGCACAUCCUUAUCCACUCUUACUGUAAGUAUCCUAGGUGCAAUAAAAAUCCCAAAUAAUCAAUAUUCUUGUAAUAACCUCACUGCUAACAGACACAUGGAUGUUAUUAACUGUGAUCACAAGUUCUGAGAUUGCAGAUGGACGUCUGCCGUAAAGAGCCGUGCAUCGCUAUUUAUCGCAACACUAUUUCCCCACCCAAGUUAGAAUUGCAAAGGAUUUUGUUAAUUACCUCCAAUUAAUCUUGGGAUGAAAAUGUUUUCCUGCCUUUUGUUUAGAGUGGGUCAGGUGCCAAGAGAUCUCCAUAGGUCAAAAUGUGUGUCCGUGUGUGUUGCUCGUUGCCAUUGUUAAUUGUGGGUCAGUCUUGUGACUAUGGAAACUUAGCCUGUCAAAACCCCUGGUGCUUAACCGUUGUAUAUGUUCUCAAAUGUUUUUAUACUUUCUCUUAUAGAUGUAACAAGGAAUUCUCUUGUCAAUAGAAUAAAGUUUCUUUUCAAAUAUG